GGUACUAUUAAUUUUAUCAGUUACGAGCCAAGCGUCUUUGUUCUGGGAAUAAAUGACUAUUUAAAACACGACUGCUCAAAUGAACAAAGCGGAUUGUUCCGAAUGUGCUUGUAUUGUGUGAUUUCCUGUGGCUAUUCUGUAAUUUGUAGUUAGAAGGUACGCUCGCCUUUUCUUUGGUGCAUAUAUACCUAUAAGUAGAUUUUUAAAGAGUAAUGACUCUAUCUUCUUCUACCUCAUCUGUUUUAGGUUCUUGUUAUUUUUGAGUUAUCGUGCGAUAUCGAGAUCGUCGUGUAGUGACUAAAAGACGAUGAAGAUUUCAUGCAUAAUUUGCAGUGAAUUGAUGAAAGCAUCUGACAAUUUAAAUGUGACAAAAUGUGGUCACAUUUUUCAUCACAGCUGUCUCUCAGAUUGGAAAAGAAGUGUCGUCGUGUGCUAUCAGAUAUUUCCAUAUUCCCCCUCUACCCAACUCUGUCAGAUGACAAAACCGAUGUUGAAGAUCUGCAGUCGACCCUGAACGACACGCUACAGCAAGUGGAAAAACUUAAUGCAGCCGUCGAAGAAAAAGACAGACAUAUAACAACAGUAACACAGGAAUUAAAUAAAAAUGAAGAAAUUUUGAAGCAAUAUGCAUCAGAAGUGGACAGUUUAAACUCUGUAGUAGAAAUACUCGAAGAUGAAUUGAAGACAAUGGAAACUAUCAAAGAGAAUUUAGAGACAGAAAAGUCCGUCUCCUUACAAGACACCCACCGACAGAGUGAGGAGAUCAGACUUUUAGAAGAGGAUACACGACACUUAAAGACUGAAAUCAUAAAACUAAACGAACGGGAUCAGAAUUCACAAGAAUUGGCGCUUCAGUUGGAAAAUCAGAUAGCAAGUUUGAACAUAGAUGCACAACGGUCGAAUAUGGAAAUACGAAAUUUGGAAGAAGAGUUGCAACAUUUGCAAGUGGAAACAAAACGUUUGCAAGACGAGAAAGAGGUGUUGACGGAAGAAAUGCGACGUUUGGCGAAAAAGAAAGAAUACGUUCGAAAUGAGAUCCACAAUAUCGAUAUAUUUCCAGGAAUAGAAACACAAGACAUAGAAGAACAUGCUCAUAGUCUGCAGGCAGAGGUGGAAAGCAUGAAUGAAGAUGGACAUAUAAAGGAAGAAGAGGAAUUCUUGACAAAAGAAACGCCAUAUUUAGAGGAUGAAUUUACAAGUUUGGUAGAACCGAAAUACUUGGAAGAAUCUAAAAAAUCAGAACAUUCCAAAGAAGAUUUAGAUACUAUUGAAGAAGACCAAAGUUUAGUGGAGGAGUCACCAUAUUUAAAAGAUGAAUCUAUAACUUCGGUAGAGCUAAAAUACUUGGAAGAGUCUAAAAAGUCAGAAUAUUCAGAUAAAGAUUUACAUACAAUUGAUGAAGACCAAAGCUUAGUGGAUGGGAAUCUGUGUGCGAAAGAUGAAAUGCAAUACAAUGAGAAGCAGGUUUUAAAAGAUGAUUCUUUAAUUGGAGAAAUAUUACAUUCAAAUGAAGGCGAGAAAUGCGUGGAAGACAAGAUGCAACUAAUAGAGGAAGAGGUGAAAGUUUUAAAGGAAGAAACACAAUGCUCUAAAUUAGAAACAGAAUGUUUACUAGAACAGGAACAAAGGGAGAUAGAGGAACAUUGUAUAAAGGUACCAACCAUGGAAGAAGACACACAAGGCUUGGCAGAAGAGAAGCAAGAUGACCAAAAGCAAGUCGAGCAGGAUAUAACAAUGAUUGUGUAAGAAUCGAUUACACCAAAACUGUAUACAAACUAUGGUUCUAUAUAUUAGGAUGAAACUUUAUAAGAUUAUGUUAAUUUGUAAAAGAAACUAAAUUGUUGUAGACUUUUUUUUUUUUAAGAGAAAAUCGUGGUAUUGUCCUUCUGCAAAAUCAGGUGAUGAUAAAAACGUAUUACUAUUUUUAUUUAAGUAUUAAGUUUAAAUUAGUAAGGUACACAAGAAUUAUCACCAAAAAAUAGGUAAUUUUAAGAUUAUAAAAGAGAAGUGGAGUGAUUGAUUGAUUAAGUGCAUUUCAAUUAUUUGAGGUGAGUUUAGUAUGAAACUAUUCGAAUUUUAAGGAAUCUCAAAUUUGUUCUUUUUAAAGUCUACUUAGAUUUUUACUUUUGACAUUAAAUACGAUAUAAGUAGGUUUAGAUUUUCAUAGUUAUUGUUAUUUAAAAAGAAUAACUGAAUUAUUACUAAGUAUUUGAUGUUUUUUUUAAGAAUCUGAUGGAAAAUGUGAGAUCAACAUUUUUGGUCAACGUUAGUUUUAACUUUCAACGCUAACUGCAAAUAAGGAUAUAUGUGAUUUCGUUUAUUUUUGUAAUUUGAAUAUCAAUAUUGGUUUCAAAUAAAUGAUA